AUGACGGUGGAUAGUGCGGCGAUUGCAACUUGGACAAGUGUUCUUGUCAGUGUUCUAUGUAUCGCUUUUUGUGCAUUUUUUGCCACGUCCGUAUGUGAUGAUAUCAAUCAAUUUCUUGACAAUUCAAUGAUAAGUUUCAAAGAAGGACAAGGAAAAACUGAUGAUGCUUGGAAUGAAGUUGUCUAUUUGAAUGACAAACGAUUCAAGUCUGAACUUGUGAGCAACUCUGCAUCGGUUCGUCAGAAGCGUUCUGAUCUUCCAGCUCAUUGCAAUUGUCUUACUCAAAAUCAAUGUCCUCCUGGACCUCCUGGACCACCUGGUCCAGCUGGAAUGGAUGGAAAACCUGGAGAGCAUGGAGCACCUGGACCACAUGGAAUGUCCGGAUCAGAACUUGUUAAGAUCAUGAGAAACGAUGAUAGCUGCAUCAAGGUCCUGCUGGACGUAACACCUGGACCUCGUGGACUACCAGGAGCAAUUGGAGAACCAGGACCUAAAGGAAGAGAUGGAAUGCCUGGAAGACAAGGAAACAUGGGACGCCCAGGACCACCAGGACCAGCUGGAGAUCCAGGAGCUCCAGGUUCAAAAGGGACACCAGGAGCACAUGGAAGACAAGGAAUGCCAGGAGUCCGCUAUUCGCUUGGAGAACCAGGACCAGCAGGAUUCCCUGGACCAAGAGGAGCACCAGGAAAAGCUGGACCACCCGGAGUUGCUGAAGAAGGACCUGAUGGAUUACCAGGACCGGCAGGACCACCUGGAAAACCAGGAAUGCCAGGACCAAUGGGAACACCUGGACAACCAGGAGAAGCUGGAAUCCCAGGAGCCGAUGCUGCGUAUUGCCCAUGUCCAAAACGAGAAGCACUCGUGGAGUCAUCUGUCAUUUCACAGGAAGCUCCGGAAACCGGAUACGGUGAUGGAGGAGAGAAAUCGAAAAGAGAAAAGGUCGAAGAAACACAGCAACAAGAAGAGACAUACGAUAUUUUCAAAUUUGGACAAGUCUAA